UAUUUUCUAACAUAUUUUUUUCCAAAAGAUUUUUAACCAAGCGGAAAAUUAGCAGGGGCACAGAUCUUUCCCCUUAAGCGUCUUCUUCAGUUUGCCUUGACCUUGAUCCUUCAGCAAUUUAGAGUAUACUAACAACAGAAUAUAACCCAUUGGAGGCCCAUUCAGUGAGCAUUAACCCUUAUGUAAUAAUUCUCUCCUGAUAUCGACUAAUAAGAAAAAGUAACGUCUUCUUAACCCCUGGGGGUAUAUGGAACCCAUGGGAAAACCAACGAAGCGUUCGACGUAAUCGGAAAUAGAAUGAGGUAACAAUAACACUCUUAACUUUCGUUUUAGUAAUUACCUAUUUUUUCCACGUGCAUAUGGACAUAACCGGCAAGUCCAUCGCUGACUGACCUUGGGAUUAUCCACAACAUUGAUGUUAAACAUAGAAGACUUGGAGAUAACAACCGGUUUACUCAAAGAAUUUAAGUUGUAAGAAAAAAUAAUAAUGUGCCCGCUUGCAGACGAUAAAGAAUACACACUAAAUUCAACGCACUUAUUUUCGUUUGCUGUAACAGACGAUAAAAGAGACAUGAUCCAGUGAGCACCUAAUGAAAAGGUAGUUCACCUUGGUAAUGUUCUAAAUACAAGACUUUUACAAAGUGGACACUCAGGAGUUGUCUGUGUCAAUGAAACCAACCCUUUUAUUUCCUUCAAAAUAUUGAAAAAACAUCAGCAUGUCAAGUUCUGUAGUUCUUUUUAGCCUCAUUGUGAUGUUCUGGGGAAUUGUAACCCCUUUUACAAGUGAAACAUACAUUGAAGAUGGUAUAGUUGAGAAGAACAGCUCUGAGUUUUCCACUAUAGAAAACGAAGCAGUUUUGGAAGAGAAUUCGGCUGAGAAGAACAAUUUUGAAUUCCCCACUCUGCUAAGUGACUCAGUUUUCAAAGAGAAUCCAGCUGCGAAAAACAAAUCAGAAUUCCCCACUCUAGAAAAUGGCGCAGUUCUUGCUGAGAAUUUAGUUGAAAAAGACGAUUCUGAGUACCACACAGUUCCAGUUUUUGUAGAAAAUUUAGACGAAAACAACAGUUCACAACCUGCCAUGUAUGAUGAUGAAUACAGCGGCAAGGAUGAAUCGUUCUUGUCGUGCGACAAAUGGGAUUAUGAUCCCACUGAAUUUGAGAUACUUCCAAAUGGUUCAGCAUUUGUGACAUCAAAAAACCUAACCUAUGAAGAACCAUUUUACCAUGUAAUUAACAACUUUUUGGUAGUUUGCAUACCCGAAAAUAAUGGAGACGACAGCGAUGAUGGCAAGAACACGAGAACAGCUAUAUCGUAUCUGUCUUUGACUGGAGUUGCUAUAUCGAUGGUGUGCUUAUCGAUACAUCUUAUCGUCUUUUCACUGGUGCCUGACAUGCAGAAUUUGCCAGGGUGUAAUCUGGCAUCUCUAUGUGCUUCUUUAUUGCUGAGCUAUCUGUUCAUGCUCAUUGGUCAAGAUCGGGAAGAGGAUGGCUAUCCCAUCAUAUGCAUGAUAGCUGGUGUUUUGACCUAUUUCUUUUUCUUGGCUUCAUUUCUUUGGAUGUCCGUAAUUGCUUUUGAUGUGUGCCGCUCUAUUGUGUUAGCUGCUGGCAAAAUGAGGAUAACGAGGCAUCAAUUCAGAGUGAAAAAAUUUCUGUGGUACCAUCUUUUUACAUGGUGUACCGCCUUGGCGUUCACGGUAACUGCGGUCGUUGUUGAUAACGUGGAAGGGGUUGAAAAAAACUUUCGUCCCAUGUUCAAAGAUACAUGCUGGUUCAAAAAGAAAGAAUCUCUUCUGGUAUUUUUUGCCGUGCCCGUGGGUUUCCUUAUUUGCCUCAACGUUUUCUUUUUCGGAGUCAGCGCAUACCUGACUUUUAGCAACCAAAUGAAACCGAGUCUUGAAACGCAAGCUCAUAAUCAGAUAAAUCACCUCCUAUAUUUUAGACUUACUGUAAUCAUGGGAGUCUCGUGGAUCAUGGGAGUGGUAGCUCCCCUCGUGAAUGUCACGUGGGUUUGGUACCUGUUCGUAGCUUUGAACACUUUUCAGGGACUUUUCAUAUUUCUUGCUUUCACAUGUUCACCAAAAGUGAAAAAGUUCAUUCAACAGAAAUUGAUAAAUGUUCGAAGAUCAUCACAGGCAACGCUAUCGCCAACAUUCCAGUCUUAUUUCAAUUAUUCAAGUUCGAAUGCGAAAGCUUCAGACAAAGUCGCCGAUAAUACAGAUAAGCCUGUAAAGAAUGGCCUUGGCAAAGUCGUCGAUUUUAAAGAUAAGUCUUUAGAGAAAGGCUUAGAUAAAAUCACAGAAUCUACAGAUAAGCCUUUAAAGAAUGGCCUUGAAAAAGUCGCCGAUUUUGAAGAUAGGUCAUUAGAAAAAGGCCUAAAUAAAAUCACCGAUUCUACAGAUAAGCCCUUAAAGAAAGGCCUUGAAAAAGUCACAGAGUUUGAGGAUAAAUUUUUAGAGAAAGGCCUAGACGAAGUAACCAAUUCUAAAGAUAAGUCUUCAGUGAAAGGCAUAGUCAAAGUCGUCAACUCUAAUGAUGAGCUAAUGGAAGAUGCUGUAAUACAUCUGUAAUUUUUAUGGCUUUUGCACACAUAAUAUUGUAUAUGAAGCAUUUGAACAAUGGAGUUUGAAUGGAUAACACUAUAAUGGUUUGUAAUGGAUAGCACUAUAAGAUAUGAUCUAUAACAUCGGUUAACAAAUGGUGUUCCGAGAAAAGGUUACAGGAGUACCGAGAAUUAGGAAUUUUUUUUAAACGAGUAGUGUUUUUCGAAAGCUGUAAUUAAAUUUAUAUCCUAUUAAUAAUCCGUUAAUUAUUUAAUAUAUUCGUUAUUUUUAUGAAAUUACUUAAUUGAAAUGCUUGUAAGGAACGAAGUUUCAAAAGAAUGUUUUUAUAAUAACAAUAUAAAAAAUGAAUUAUGAAAAGGAUAUUCCUUUAUGAAAAAUUCCAUUAGUAUUUCAAAUCGAAUAAGAAUACCCAAUUUCAGAAAAGAAAUAUGUUUCUCUGAUAACCAUUUAUUUUCUUCCUUUUUCGUUUUUAUGUUAAUGUAAACCAAAUUUUUUUUCUCAUUCAUUUUAGUUUAGGCAUGCAUUAAAACCAAAUUAAGACUCUCCAGAUUUAUGACCCUGAUAUAAGAACCAAUUUUAAGACUAAUAUUGAUAAUAAGACAUAAUGUUCAAUCAUUCACUAAAUAUUUUCGAAAUAAUUAAGAAUCUUUCGUUAAUUAAUAUAUUCAUUAUUGCAGAUGAAAUUUGUUCAUUAAGUCUCGGAGUUUCACCGGAAGAAGCUCGAUUAUUUAGGGCAGCUGUUCCUAACCUAUGGGUCGCGACCCAAAAUUGGGUCGCGAAGCAUAUUUCUUGGGUCGCGCUGAGUCGAACCAAAAAAGUUAGUUCUACACCAAAUAAUAAGU